AUGGAAGGUCAGGAGCCACUUCCAGAGGAUGAGGAGGAGGAGGAGGAGCUCAUCGUUCUUGACCCUGAACAUCCACUGGUCAAAAGGCAACAAGCUGCUCUGACCACCCAGCUCAAAAAACAUCUGGAGAGGAUCAACCUGGAACUGAAGGAAAAGCGAGCAGUGGAGAAGACGGAUGACAGCCAAAAGCAAGAAGCCAGGGUUGAGCUGUUCAGGGUCCAGAAGCAACUGGCCAGACUGCAGAACAAGCUGGAGGACCAUCACCAGACCAAGGCACACGCUGAAACCGAACAUCAGCAGGCACAGGAUCAGCUGGAGGCUAUGAAAAGCCACCAUUCCCAUACUGGCAGCCAGCACAGAGAAGCCAAAGCCAGUGUGUCCCAGCUCCAAACAGAGUUAGACGACGUGAUGCAACACCUCAUCUUCACGCAAGGCGUCAGUGAAGAUCUGCACUCUAAAGUCAAAACCAUGAACAAUGUCAGACACAAGGCAGGAGCUGAGAAAACUCAGGCAGAAGACCAGAAAAUGAAGCAGGAUAUGUACGUGGAGCGUCUAACAAAGGACAUGGAGGGGUUGACGCAGCAGAUAGCCAUGUAUGAAGCUCAGGCCAAUGCUCAAGCAGAGGAGACACUAGCAGUCAAAGAGGCUCUCUCUGAGGCUGAGAUGGAAACGGAGUUGCUGCUGAUGGCACGUAAACAGCUGCUGCAGCAGUGGAACAGCAGCCUCACGGGCAUGAGGAGGCGAGAUGAGGCCUUCAACGCGAUGCAGGACGCCAUGCGUGAGGUCGAGCACCAGCUCAUGUUGCUGGACAGAGAGAUUGAAGGCUACAAGAAAUCCACCGCUGCAGAGCAGGACCAAAACGAGACACUGACUAUGCAGCUGAAUUGGUCUCAGAAGGACUGUGACAGGUCCAAGAAGCUGAUCAGUCAGAAACAGGCUCAGCAAGAUGCUCUGCUGGCCCAUUACAGCACCUGCCUCCGAACUCUGCACCAGACAGAGCGAACCCUUACCACGCUUACAAAGGAAGCCAGUGCACACCAGGCUGAACUGAACGACCAGAGGAGGCAGCUGGAGAAAGAAAGUUCUGUGCGCCUGGACCUGGAGAACAAGAUCGUGACCAGCAUGCAGCAGAAGCUCACUCACAACACGGCUGCCGAGUACUCCCAGCGGCUCACCAGCAAGAUGGCUUCGCUCAAGAAGGAGAAGGAAAGGCGACAUUUAUGUCAUUGUAUUUGCUAUACGUGUCAGCUGCAGCAGCUGGAGAACAAGAGACUGACAGUGAGAAUGGAGAGCCAGCAGGUCGACCAACAUGUGAACAGCUUGGCCACCACCCAGCAGGCCCUGGACGAGGAGCUUGCAAAGUACAACAAGUUGCUGACCUUAAACCAGAAUAAGAUUUCUUCAUUUUAUGUACUCAUCGACCAGAAGCAGGUGACAAUCUCCAACUUGCAAGCCAAGAUCUGGCAAAUCGCAGCCAGCACUGGGCACGACGACCUGAGUCCUCUACAAAUUAAGAUACAAGCAGUCGUGGGUGAGAUUGAGGAUCUGGCGGCGAACAUCCGGAACGACCAGCAGGUCUGGAUGAGACAGCAGGGAACACUGGUGGGACUGACCCAGGAGAUAGAGUCCAACAGCAGGGAGCUGCUCAAACUGCAGAUCGAAUACACUGAAAUGCAGCAGAAGAACAUCUGCUUGGAGAGUCAGAUUGAAUCAGAGCGCCGAGAGGAGAAGGAGCUGGAGAAGAACGUGGAGACGCUGAAGAGAGACUUGGUGAAACUCAGCACCCUGCUGAGUAAAAAGGGACAGCUGAGCCAGGCUCUGGAGCAGGAAAAUGCGCUGACGGAGACGGACUUUGUUCUCAGACUUAAGGAGGCUGAGCGGGGAUGCAUUGAGGUGCAGAUGAAACUUGAGGAGAUACAAGAAGAAAAAGAGAGGCUACUCUACAGUCUGGUGGAGGCUGAGCGACAAGUCAUGCUGUGGGAGAAGAAGACUCAGCUUCUAAAAGAGACUCGGUCAGGUGUGGACUCAGGCCAGGGAGAGAUCCAGACGAUGAAAGCAGAAAUACACCGUAUGGAGGUGCGACUCGGGCAGCUGAGGAAGCAGCAGGAGCAGCUGCUCAAGGAAAGCGAAGCAACGGUGGCAAGGAGGGAAACCAUUGUGCAGCGCAGGGAGGCCAUGAUCCACAGCUCCCACAAACGGAUCACGAAGGGCGACCUGUCCCUCCUCAUCCAGGGCCUGCAGCGCAAGAUUCAGGAAGCACACAAGUGUGCAGCAGAUUGUGAGCGGGCGAUCAAGGAGCUACAACAGAGCCAGGUGAGUCUGGCCGACAGGCUCACGCAGCAGAAACAGCAGCUGAUGGAACUGCGCAGCACCGGCUACAUGCUCGACUCUGACAUCGACAAUCUCCAAGACACCAAAGACAGGAAACUUGCCCACCUGGUGGCUCUGCAGAGUCGCACCAAGAAGCUGCAGGCAGCGUGUGAAGGCACCUACCAGGCCUUGUCCAGCAGCGAGUCGCUGGGAGCCGCCCUGCAGAGCCAGACGGAGCGAGUGCACGCCGUCAGCACCAUCCUGCACCGCGUUUGCGAGGAGUUCCCCCAACACCAGGAGGCGCUGCGCCAGCUGGUCCUGACGCUGGCAGCACAUACACAGGCGCCAGAGCAGGACACGAGCUGAGAGUCAGGGGAAGAUGUAGACGUGACAGUGAGUACAGGAGAGGAAGUGCAGAGACGGAAUGUGUGUAAAAACGAAGUGAAGAUAAGAAGGAAAGAUGAGAUCACUAAUGUCUGCUUCGUUUGCCUUUUCAAUG